AUGCCUAAGUAUUAUUGUGAUUACUGUGACACCUACUUGACACAUGAUUCUCCAUCAGUGAGAAAAACACAUUGCAAUGGAAGAAAGCAUAAAGAAAAUGUGCGUCUCUACUAUCAAAAAUGGUUGGAAGAGCAAGUGCAAAAACUGGUCGAUGACACAACUGCUGCAUUCAAAGCCGGUAAAAUUGCAUCAAAUCCAUUCCAGAGCAGUCAACAAUCUGGUGGCACAAUGAUACCACCACCUGCAACACUUGCUGGUGGUACAAAACCUCCAGCUGCAGCUCCACCAGCUACCCCUGCAGCUGGACCUCCAGUGGGUGGUCCUGUACCAGGAAUGUCAUUAAUGGGCCCACCACCAGGCACACAUUUACCUCCUAUGAUGCCUACAAUGACAGUUGGCAUCCGUCCCCCAAUGGGUCCACCAAUUGGACCACCAAUGGCCCCAAUGGGUACAAUGGUCUCAGCAAUUCCAAUGCGGCCACCAGUUAUGGCUGGUGGAGGAAGUGGAGGGCCUCCACCUGUCUCUUUCUCUUUUUUGUAUCUUUACUGCUUACUGGAAUUGACUCACUUUUAUCCUCUCUCUUUAAUCUUGUGCAUCUCUCUCUUUUCUAUUUUGCUCUUUUAUGUCUUUAAUAUCUUCUUUUCUCUCCCACACACCCUCCCUCUUUCGACUCGCUCUCUCUCUCUCUCUCUUGAGUUUAUCUCUCUUCAAUAUUUUUUUCCCAGAGUCUCUCUCCUUUUAUCUCUGCAUUUCUCUCUCUAUUGA